AAUGGAAGAGAAGGAAGCGCUGCUCGCUGCUCUUUCCUCCCACAGACGCACUUCCUUCACUUUACUGCAGCCGAGUGAAGCUGCAGGACGCUGAAGACGCUUCGGAGCAACAUGGACGCCUUCGUUCUGCUGGUUCUACUCCUCGGGUCCAGCUCUGGUUUCAUCGUCACGCCGACCACCCACAUGUGUCUGAUACCGCAGGAUGACCUCAUCAUCCUGGGACGCUGUGAUGUCACUGACCCCGCCCACCAUUGGGCGUGGACAGAUGCGGCCAGGUUGGUUCACACUCAGUCGUCCAAGUGUCUGUGGGCGGAGCCUGGCUCUCACCUCCAGCUAGAAGCCUGCAGGGUGGCGCCAGCGUGGAGCUGCUUCGGAUUGGACGGAGCGCUGGGAUUGGCUGAGACACAUCUGUACCUGAACGUUCAGGGAGCUCAGGUGGUGCUGGGAGCUGACCUGCAGACCACAGGGUGGAGGCGGAGAUACAAGGAUGGAGGAGGGAACCUUCUGGUCACAUCUUUAUGUCCUGAGACAGAUACAUCUCCAACCUCCACCAGCGUCUAUUCAUCCACCCACAAACCACCAGACACCUUCACAGAAACCAUCAGCAGUCCAAUCUUCACCUUCAUCAACCACCCUUCACCUGAAAACACCCACAGAAUCACAACUGAGAGAAACUCCAGGAGCUCCACCAAACCUCCAACCAGGAGCUCACACAGUACAGCUUCAUAUCCAGAUGUUUCCUCAGAAACCACAGCUUUCCAUCCAGAUGUUUCCUCACACAGGACAACUUCCCAUCCAGAUGUUUCUUUACAGACCACAGCUUCUCAUCCAGAUGUUUCUUCAGAAACCACAGUUUCACAUCCAAAUGUUUCUUCAGAAAUCACAGCUUCACAUCCAGAUGUUUCCUCAGAAACCACAGCUUCACAUCCAGAUGCUUCCUCACAGACCUCAGCUUCACAUCCAGAUGUUUCUUCUGAGACCACAGCUUUGAACACUGUCUCAUCCCAUCCAGCUGUGUUUGUCUCUGACCAGUCAGACCAUCAGCUGAGAACUGGAGCUUCAGUGCAGCCAGUUUCCAGCACGGCGUGGUUCCUGACUGGAAGCCAGUUUGGUUGGACUGGAACUGCAGCUGAGACGCUGGUUCCGUCAGCAGCACCUCCAGCCACUGGCAGCAGCUCCGUCUCACCUGCAGCUCCAGCAGCAGAUGUAUUGGAGGCAGAAGGUCCGGAGUCCCCGCCCACUGCCACAGGCUCCGCCCUCCACCCAAACCACUCAGUGACUGAAGCAGCGCCACCUUCACCAUCAUCCGUCGGUACGAGUCCAAGCACAGCCACUUUGAGCUCUGCUGUAUCCAAGCCUGUUACCAUAACAACUGCCACCUUCAAAACCACCCCCACGACAACCAUCACCUUGACAACAGCUGCCAUCACAGCCACAGCGUCUCCUACAGCAGCUGCACCAACCACCUCACCUCCAACUACAAGCAGCAGCUCAGCAUCAACUAGCUCACACGUACAAACCUCCGCCUCCCCUCGCUGCUCCGCUCAGCUGACGGAGAUCAGCAGCAGCUUCACCUCCGCCGUGGUCAGGUUAAUGUCCGCCGGCAUGAACUGCCACUUCAGCCUGGUGACCGAGGUGGACCCUGCUGCCUCCCAGGUGGACCCUGCUGCCUCCCAGGUGGACCCUGCUGCCCUCUGUGAGCUGGAUGGAGAGUCCGCCUCCAUCUGCCGGAUCAGUGGGCUGGAACCCGGCACUUUGUACUGGCUGACAGUGGUUUCCAGGAAGGACGGAGUGAGGAGCAGUGGGUCGGUGCUCACAGACCCGGUCGGCCCAAACCAUCUGGAGAUCCAGCCUGACCCGGUCCACAGUGGGUCCAGUCUGCAGGUGUCCUGGUCUCGCUCUGUAGGUCACGUGGACUGGUACGAUGUGACUCUGGAGGACAGCAGCUCUGGAUCCAUCCUCAGAACCAGAAUCCUGGACUCUGCUGCCCCUCAGUCUGGAUUCAACUCUCUGACCCCUGGAACUCGGUACACCGUCAGCGUGGUGGCUUCAUCCGGGAGAAAGAGCGCCACACCUGUCCAGGCCACUGCCGCUACAGCUCCGUCUGCCGUGGACAGCCUGCAGGUGGCGACCUUGUCGUCACACAUCCUCACUGUGUCGUGGCGGGCUGGUCUGGGUCGAGUGGAGAACUUCAGGGUUCUGGUGACGGAUCAGGACGGGGUUCUGCUGAAGAACAUCACUCUGAAGAACACAUCCUCCUCUGCUGAGCUGGACGGGCUGCAGCCAGGAACGCCACACACCGUCACCGUGGUAACAGAGGCAGCCGGACUGCAGAGUUCCGCCUCCACGCAGGUCACCACAGCCCCAGCUGUAGUGUCGGCUCUGAUCCUGGACAGCGCUGGCAGCUCUGACAGUCUCCGGGCUUCCUGGGUCACACCUGCAGGGAGGCUGGACUCCUACCUGGUGACCCUCUGGGCUCCAGGUUCCACCCCUCAGCAGCGCCGCCUUCAACCCAAUACCACCCAGGUGGAGUUCCAGGGUCUGACACCUGGACGCAGCUACCAGCUGUCAGUCAGCACCUCAGCUGGCGGGCGGAGCGCCGAGACCAGGACCAGGGGGAGGACAGUGCCCGGCCCGGUGUCGUCUCUCUUCCUGUCAGGUGACAGCAGAGAGCUGCAGCUCAGCUGGGCACCCCCUGCAGGCGACUGGGAGAACUACAGCGUGGUUCUGAGGAAUGGGUCGGAGGUUCUGGUGAAUCAGACCGUCGGUAAGCUGAUCAGAUGCCACGUCUUCUCCGUCCUGGAGCUUGGCCUGCUGCCGGGUGGCCUGUACAGCGCCGAGGUGACGGUGCACAGCGGCGCUCUCGGAACCAUGGCAGCCUGCAGCGGAUGGAUCGCGCCUCAUCCGGUGCAGCUGUCGGUCCGUCAGGCCGAUGAGACAUCACUGAGCGUGCUCUGGACUCGGCCGGCGGGACGCUGGGACGGUUUCACGGCGCUGCUCAGACAGACGGACGCCAUCUUGGAUCAGAAGAACCUGAGCUGGGAGGCCACAGAGUGCAGCUUCACCGGGCUGACUGCCGGACGCCGCUACACUGUCACCUUGACGACCAACAGUGGCAAUCUGACGAGCUCCGCCUUGGUGACGGCGUGGACCACUCCGUCACAGGUCAGCGGGUUGCAGCUGUCCAACCUCGGCAGCACCAGCAGUCUUCAGGCCCGGUGGGAACCCGCCUCUGGAGAGCUGGAUUCCUAUCAGGUUCUGCUGGUCCAUGACAGCAGCGUCAUCAAGAACGAGAGCGUGACGGCCGACACUGGCAGCGUGAGCUUCCCGGGUCUGAGGCCCGGAGCUCUGUACCGGGUGGUGGUGACCACGGUUCGAAAUGGACUCACUUCCAGACAGACAGUGGCAGAGGGACGCACCGUGCCAGCAGCUGUGGGCGACGUGAGGGCGAGUAACAACGGACGGACGGACUUCCUGAUCGUGUCGUGGCGUCCGGCUGCAGGUGAGGUGGACAGUUACCUGGUGACGCUGAGCGACGGAGAGCGAACGCUGCACACGCUCAGUGUCUCCAAGUCAAGUCCGAGCUGCGUGUUCAGCUCGCUGGUGUCCGGACGCAACUACAACAUCUGCAUCAGCAGCUGCAGUGGGCAGCACCAGAACCACAGCUGCAUACAGGAGAGGACGCGUCCCGCAGUCCCGGCGCCAGUCCAGUCCCUGGUUCUGGUGGGUCGGAGCCCAGAGGACCUGCGCGUGUCGUGGUCAGCGGCUCCAGGCGACGUGGAUCACUACGAGGUUCAGCUGUUGUUCAGCGACAUGAAGGUAUUUCCUCCGAUCACGCUGAGCAGCGCCGUUGACCAGUGUGUCCUGACGUCGCUCACACCUGGACGCCUCUACAAGGUCCUUGUGUCCACGUUCAGCGGGCCGAACCAGAGGGCCCGCUUCAUCGAGGGCCGCACAGUUCCCAGUAAAGUGAAGAACAUCCAGGUGAGUAACGGUGGAGACAGCAGCAGCCUGCAGGUGAGCUGGACACCUGGACCAGGAGACGUGGACGGAUACUCGGUGUUUCUGUUCAGAGACAGUCGGCAGCUCAGUGUCAGAACCGUCUUCAAACACCAGAACCAGGUGACGUUCGGAUCGCUGCAGCCCGGACAGUCAUACGGAGUCACAGUCCAAUCAGUCAGCGGAGAUCUGGUGAACAACAACACGGCAAUGGGACGCACAGUUCCCUCAGCAGUGACCGGCCUCCAAGUGGACCCACUUCUGUCCACCUGCAGCCUUCAGGUGAGCUGGCAGGACGCUCUGGGCGUUGCUGACGGAUACGCACUGCAGGUUCUAGACGACAGAGGCAGCCUGGUGUCCAACAGCUCGCAACCCUUUGGACAGACCCGGUACCAGUUCGAUGGCCUGACACCGGGGAAGAAGUACCGGGUGCUGGUCCAGACCAGCAGCGGUGGGGGCCACAGCCCAGGGGUCAGUGCCGAGGCUUGGACAUGCCCGGCUGCCGUCACUGAGCUGACCCUAAAGUCCAACAGCACCAGCAGCCUCACCUUCACCUGGGCUCCACCUGAAGGAGAGUUCCAGCUCUACGAGCUCUUCCUCUACAGCACCGAUGAUUCGCUGCAGGAGCGACGUGGCCUUCAGCCCGGCAGCCUCCAGUGCAGCUUCCAGGGCCUGCAACCUGGAACCGCCUACAGGCUGGUGGUUCUGAUUCGCAGUGGAGACCAGACCAACCAGACCUCCACGUGGGCCCGGACAGUACCAGCAGCUGUGGCGUCUCUGCAGCUUCAGACUGGGAACCAGUCUGAUGUUCUGGUGGUGAACUGGGAUCGCGGUCACGGCGACCUGAGCGGAUAUCUGCUGACACUCUACAACCCCAACGGCUCCCAGCAGGCCGAGUGGCAGCUGGGCUCCGAUGCCACGCAGUUCGUCUUCUCAGGACUUGUACCGGGCCGACAGUACCGAGCCGAGGUCCUGAGUCUGAGCGGGGAGCUCCGCAACCGGGCCAGCACCAUGGGUCGGACUGCUCCGAGACCUCCCAGCUCCUUCCUGUUCGGCGGUGUCACCAACACCUCAGUGGAGGUCACUUGGUCCGGUCCGGUAGACUCAGACUACGACGACUUUGAGCUGCGCUGGACUCCGGAGGACCGACUGUCCAUCAUCAACCCGUAUCACAGUCGCACUGCUGGCAGCCGCAUCCUGAGGGGUUUGUUCCCCGGACGCCUCUACACCUUCAGGCUGCGCACCGUCAGUGGGGCACCGGGGGCCGCCGAGGCCCCACCCACCUACAGCACGGCCAUCCAGAGCAGCAUCCGCACCAAGCCGGAGAGAGUCCACAGCCUCCACUGCCGCCCUCAGAGCUCCACCUCCAUCUCCUGCUCCUGGGGGCCUCCAGAGGCCGACUACGACUCCUUCACCAUCGAGUGCCUCCACCAGGACUCUCAGACCCUCGUCUACUCUCGACGCACCAACCGAGAUUCCACCAGUUACGUCAUUACCCAGCUGGAGCCCCACAAACGCUACACCGUCUCUGUGAAGGUGAUCUCCGACAGGACGACCAGCGAGGAGGCGACUGACAGCACAGUCACCAUGAUCGACCGUCCUCCUCGGCCUCCUGUCAGUACUCGGGUCAGCGGUCCGGCUGUAGUUGUCGGCAGAACCUUCAUCUCCUUCAGCUUUAACUGCAGCUGGUUCAGUGACGCCAACGGAGCCAUUCGGUUCUUCACUGUGGUGGUGACGGAGUCUGAAGGUGUGGAGAACCUGCAGCCGGAUCAGCACCACCCGCUGCCCUCCUACCUGGACUACAGGUCCAACAGCUCCAUCAGGACCUUCCAGACCAGCUACUUCCCGAGUCGCUGUGCUGACAACGGAGCCCACAGCUUUGACAUCAGUGUGGGGAUGGGGAUGGACUCGCUGGGGGGCCCCUGUGACCACCUGGAGCCAGAGUCCAACACUGACCCGACCCACUUCUGUGAUGGCCCACUGAAGCCCAGAACCUCCUACAGGCUCAGCGUCCGAGCGUUCACUCAGCUGUUUGAUGAAGACACGAAGGACUCGAGGGACUCGUUGCCGCUCUACACGGACACCUUCCUGUCUCUGCCCGUCGUCACGGAUGCAGAGCCUCUGAGCGGUGUCAUCGAAGGAAUCAGCGCCGGUUUGUUUCUCAUCCUCAUGAUCGUGGGAAUCACUGCUCUGCUGGUCUGCAGGCACCGCGCCCGCAAAGUGGUGCAGCAGAGUCCGUCAGUCAGGAUGAGUGUGAGGAGGGACAGAGUGACAGCAGGAGUCCAGCUGGGCGUCAGAGGCGGCCGUCGGAUCUCCAGCCCCAUAAACGUCCUCAACUACGAGAGUCACUACAGCAGCCUGCAGGCCGACUCCCACUUCCUGCUGUCAGAGGAGUACGAGGACCUGAAGGACGUUGGCCGUAGCCAGCCCCUGGACUCGGCUCUGCUGCCGGAGAACCGCGGGAAGAACCGAUACAAUAACAUCCUGCCCUAUGACUCAACGAGGGUGAAGCUGUCCUACGUCGACGAUGAUCCCUGUUCUGACUACAUCAACGCCAGCUACAUCCCAGGCAACAGCUUCCGUCGGGAGUACAUCGCUACGCAGGGUCCUCUGCCUGGAACCAAGGAUGACUUCUGGAAGAUGGUUUGGGAGCAGAACGUCCACAACGUGGUGAUGGUCACUCAGUGUGUGGAGAAAGGCCGGGUGAAGUGUGAUCACUACUGGCCCUUCGACCAGGACCCUCUGUACUACGGAGACCUGAUCGUCCAGAUGCUGUCAGAGUCGGUUCUACCGGAGUGGACGAUCCGAGAAUUCAACAUCUGUAGCGAGGAGCAGCUGAGCUUCAGUCGUCUGGUCCGUCAGUUUCACUACACGGUUUGGCCCGAUCACGGAGUCCCAGAGACCACGCAGUCCCUGAUCCAGUUUGUCCGGACCGUCCGGGACUACGUCAACAGGAGUCCUGGAUCUGGACCCACUGUGGUCCACUGCAGUGCCGGUGUGGGCCGUACAGGGACCUUCAUCGUCCUGGACCGGGUUCUGCAGCAGCUGGACAGUAAGGACGUGCUGGACAUCUACGGCGCCGUGUUCGACCUGCGGCUGCACCGCUCACACAUGGUGCAGACUGAGGUAGGACCGCACACACAUGCUCUCAUGCAGGCAGCCAUGUUUGUAGUUUUUAGACAGUCGUUUACCCAGAAUGCACUGCAGAUUGGUCCAGUUUAAGGGAAUCCAGAACCCGACAGCUGAUAGUUCAAACAAAGCGUAACAAUACUGCAGCACAGAGUAAAGAUACUGCAGCACAGAGUAACGAUACUGCAGCACAGAGUAACGAUACUGCAGCACAGAGUAACGAU